UUGAGAAUAAUAAUAUUUAUCAUGGAAGUUACCACUACUCCAAGAACUCCAAGAGAUAAGUCCAUCAUCAACUUUUAUGACCUAAAGCAAGUGAUGGAAUAUAGUGAGAAUCAUAAGAAAUCAAUCAACAAACAAUUAGCGGAAUUAGAGAAAUCCUUGAAAACUGAAGAUCAAGAAGAAGAAUUCAACACUGAAAAGCAAGAUCCAGAUAAGCUCAUUGCUGAGAGAGCCACUGAAACUCAGAGUGAGAUCAGGAGAAUACAAGAUUAUAACAGAGAAGAGACAGAGAGAAUUUUGAAUAUGAAAUUAGAUCCUGCUAUUCAAAAUUUAAGUGACGAACUCAAAGAGUGCAAUGCUAGUUCAACCAUUUUCAAGCAUCAAGAGGCUGAGAGUGAGCAAACUCAGGACUAUACACCAGAAAAUCUUGGAACUAAUAAAGUGAAGACACCUUCUCAGAACUCUCUAUCAGAUCUUUGUUCGUCUCCUUUCAACUCUCCUAGUGCUAAAGGAUUUCCUGUAGCCAGACUACAAGAACCUUCUUCUGCCUACAUUUCAUCACCAUCUUCGCCAAAGACUUUUGAAGACAAGCCCAGUCACUCUUGCGACCAAGAGUUCUUGCAGGGAUUUUUGGAGGAACUCUCAGAAUUUAGCUACAUUGAGCAAUAUCUCAGUCAAAAAGGCUCAAAUCCCAACAAUAAGGCUACCGAAUUCAGAAGGAAGAAUGCCAAGUUUCCUUUAAGAAAAGACUAGCGCCAAUUAAAUAUUUAUGUGUGGAUUUCAGUUCU